AUGGGAAAUCCAGAACUUGAAUACAGCAGCAAGCGUGCCGAGGCAGUAUCGAAUACCGAGGUAGUAUCCAAUCCUCCACCAUAUUCUUCUAUAACAGAGUCUAUCGAUGAGCCACCGACCUACCGACAACCAAGCGCAUCACACAGACUGUCCUGCGAUGGGUUCUCUAGAUCCGAGGGGACGGUGGUCAUUGAUGAAUGUAUCACCCACCUGAAGCUGUUAUCCACGAUUGCCAAACUUCGCAACUUCAUUAAAGGAACGGACAAACUCUUCGGAAUCCACGAUAGUGAAGUCAGGAACUUUUCAGACCCCCGCAAGCAGGCCCAAGCAGCUGCCCGGAUUCAGGAAAAGAGAUGGGCUGUUUAUGUGGCCAGAGCUGUGGACCGAUUCACUGUUUGGUGGCAGACUUGCCUACCGAAGCUCAAUACCAGUCGUAUCUCAAAGCUGAAUAGUUCAUCUGAUGCCAAAAUAGCAUGGUCUGCUAAUGUGAUGCCACCACUUGAUGUCAUCAUGGUCUGGCAUGCAUUUAUGCUUAAUCCGCGUGCCUUUCUCGAGGAUUGUCUGCGUCAAUCUAAAAUGAGCUUCUGGGCGACUGGGUUGCCGUGGGAUGUAAUAAACGCAUCCAUGGACGACAAGACGCUUGUCUUCUACCCAGGCAGUGAAGCGAGGAUAAACUUCGAGACGAGAACUGGUCGUUCCUGGGAAAAUGUUCACGAUAGUCCCGCAAAAUCUCUGCCUUGCUUCGGGUGUAAGCAGGAAAUCAAUGCUGCCUGGACGGAAGGAUCAUUUGGAUGCCAUACAGACGUCGCUUUUGCACACUGCAUUGGAUAUGCGGAUAAGUCUUUGCGAGUUUCAUGCCCAGGAUGCAAAUUCAGUACCACACACGAUACUCUUCGCGUACAGAAGUUUCGCAGUGAUGUGCAGAAGUUGUUGAAAGAUGAUAUGCCUAUGCCCGGCACGCUUUUGUCACAGAAUGGCACUCCCGCCGACGAUGAAAAUGGCGAUAACGUGUCUUUCCCAAACCGGCUUAUUAAGGAAGGCAUCAGAAGCGAGCUCCUGCAGCUUACUGAUCUCACUGAAAAUGAACGCACCACCAUUGAAACAAUCCGCGACCACCUCGAGGGAUAUCUGAAAAGUCGUUCGCUAAUGCGUCGCGUGAACAAGACAAUACUGGCUUCUGGGAAUUCAAGUAUGCCAGAGAGGAUAUCUCUUCGCAAUAUGCUCUCGAGAUAUUGGGACAAUUCAUCCCCGUUCGCCAUCGACUUGGUCGGGGCGGUCAUACGCCAAGGGACAUUUGUGGACAAGAUGGACAAUAUCGGUUGGAUGCAUUCGCCAAACCUGAGAUCGACCAUGGGCCACUUCAUCGGCAAGUACGACGUGUUCUUCCAAAUAAUGGUCAAGAAUAAAGGCCAUGCUGUUGUCCCCACUCUCGAUGUCGACCUGAUUUGGCACACGCACCAGCUCUCUCCCAUUCGCUAUUACACCUUCUCUACUGCGCAGAUGGAGGGAGUAUUCAUUAAUCAUGAUGACAAAAUCGACGAAAUAAAGCUCAACGAUGCCUUCGCAUGGACCUCAAGACAAUACCAAAAGCUCACUGGCGGAAAAAUAUACAGUGAAUGCACAUGCUGGUAUUGCGAAGCAGUACGUGAGUCCAACAACCAGGGACUUGGGAGGUUGAUUCCAUCCGCCCUCCAUGCCAAGACCAACGCUGCUCUUCUUCACAGCAGUGCCGACAAUUCCACCGGCGGGGGUAAAAGCAAAGAGUCGCAUAUUUCGUCCCAUAACGCAGUUCGCAUCCUGGCCCAGGCUGAUCCAAAGGCAAUGCAGACCAAGACUGCCCAGCUUGAAUCGUGCUGGGAGAAAGCGCAGCGACGAUCACACAGUCGCAGUCGCAGCAGAGGCGGUGGUAGUGCCCACGAAGACCCAUCACGGAAGACCAGCUAUGGCCCCUACGCGCGGGAUCCAGAUAUCCAUCGUGAAAUAUACCCCUGCAAUCCAGCCUGCGUGAAUAUCACGGCCGGCGUGGCGGGCAACUGUAUGAGCGGAACACAGGGCGUCGGGCUUGCGCAAGGUGCAUGCGCGAGUGGCACCAUGGCUACCCAGACAAGAUCGAAAGGCAAAAGCUUCUGCUCUGGCAUAGCAGGUUGUGGUAUGAGUCUCUAG